CCUGCUGGGCUAACUGGGCUGGAUGCGCGCCUGUGUCGCGCGCUACUGGUGAGCUGCGCGCCGUCACGCGCUGAAGGUGCCAUGAAAUGAAGAAAACUCAGUUACGGAGGGGAAGAGCACUAUUUAUAAGAGCGCGUAUGGGAACAUAGGAGAAACUGGAUUAAUAGCUCACUCGACUCAAAAUGGCCAAAAACACGUCUCUUUAUUUUCGAAUUGUCGAGGGCAGGAACCUCCCGGCCAAAGACGUCUCCGGAACCAGUGAUCCAUACUGCAUUGUAAAAGUUGACAAUGAAGUUGUGGCCAGGACUGCCACAGUGUGGAAGAACCUCAAUCCUUUCUGGGGUGAAGAGUAUACACUGCACCUCCCCACGGGUUUCCAUUCACUCUCCUUUCAUGUCAUGGAUGAGGACACCAUUGGGCACGAUGAUGUUAUUGGAAAGAUUACUCUGAGCAAAGAAGCCAUUGGAUCUCAAGCUAAAGGGUUAGACAGUUGGCUGAACCUGACAAGGGUCAACCCUGAUGAAGAAGUCCAGGGGGAGAUCCAUCUGAGUCUGGAGCUGCUGAAAGAUACAGAGAAGAUCAGUCUGCGAUGUCAAGUCAUUGAAGCCAGAGACUUGGCUCCAAGAGACAUCUCUGGCACCUCUGAUCCAUUUGCAAGAGUUAUUUUCAACAACCACAGUGCAGAGACCUCGAUUAUCAAGAAAACUCGUUUCCCUCAUUGGGGAGAGACUCUGGAGCUGGACUUUGAUCCAGAGGAGCUGAGUGAGGAAGGAACUGUCACUGUGGAGGUCUGGGACUGGGACAUGGUGGGAAAGAAUGACUUUCUGGGAAAGGUGGAAAUCCCUUUUGCUUGUUUGCACAAAACACCUCUGUUAGAGGGCUGGUUUCGUUUGCUACCCUUGGGAAACAAUGAGGUGGAUGCUGGUGGCAAGCUGGGAGCGCUGCGUCUGAAGGUGCGUUUGGUGGAGGAUCGGAUCCUGCCAUCUGUGUACUAUCAGCCUCUCAUUGACCUUCUGGUUGAGUCGGUCAUCUCCCCUAUAGAGGUGGAGGAUAGCAGCGCUCUGACCAUGCUGGAGGAGGUGACCACUGUUGAGAGCCGUCAAGAUGUGGCAAUGACCCUGGUGAAGAUCUACCUGGGCCAGGGCCUGGUGGUGCCCUUCCUGGAUUACCUUAACACCCGGGAGGUCAACCACACUACUGAUCCCAACACUUUAUUUCGCUCUAACUCACUUGCCUCAAAGGCCAUGGAACAGUUCAUGAAGGCUGUUGGCAUGCUGUAUCUGCAUGAGGUGUUGAAGCCCAUCAUCAACCGCAUCUUUGAAGAGAAGAAAUACAUCGAGCUGGACCCAUGUAAGAUUGACCUGAACCGCACAAGACGAAUUUCAUUCAAGGGAGCAGUGUCAGAGGCAGAGGUACGGGACAGCAGUGUGGAGAUGCUGCAGGGCUACUUAACAAGCAUCACUGAAUCAAUCGUGGGCUCAGUCGAUCAGUGUCCUCCUGUCAUGAGAGUGGCCUUCAAACAGCUGCACAAGAGAGUAGAGGAGCAAUUUGCUGAACCUGAGAAUGAGGAUGUGAAGUAUCUGGCCAUCAGUGGGUUCUUCUUCCUGCGUUUUUUUGCUCCUGCAAUCCUCACACCUAAACUGUUCCAGCUGAGAGACCAGCACGCUGACACGCGUACAAGCAGAACACUGUUACUACUGGCCAAGGCAUUACAAAGUGUCGGGAACUUGGGCCUUCAGCUGGGUCACGGAAAGGAGCAGUGGAUGGCGCCUCUUCAUCCCAUCAUCCUUCGCAGUGUGGCCUCUGUGAAAGACUUCCUUGACAAGUUGAUCGACAUAGAUCAUGACAUUGUGUCCGAGGUGCCUCAGAGGGCUGUAUUCAUGCCCUCUGUCACAGUUAAAGAGGGGUACCUCCACAAACACAAAGCAGAGGGACCUCAACUGUUGUCCCGCUUUGCCUUCAAGAAACGCUACUUCUGGUUGACUAGUGAGACACUGUCCUACGCCAAGACCCCUGAUUGGCAGGUGCGCUCCUCAAUCCCUAUUCAAUGUGUGUGCGCCGUGGAGAGGGUGGAUGAAAAUGCCUUUCAACAGCAGAAUGUAAUGCAGGUCAUCUCCCAGGACAACGACGGACAGCUGCACACCAUGUACAUCCAGUGCAAGAACGUUAAUGAGCUGAACCAGUGGCUAUCAGCGAUCAGGAAAGUCAGCAUCUACAAUGAGCGCAUGCUGCCCUCUUUCCACCCAGGGGCUCAUCGCAGCGGCAAGUGGACUUGCUGCCUGCAGGCAGAUCGUCCUGUUACAGGCUGCAGUCGAACCCACUCAGCUGUGACUCUGGGUGAUUGGAGUGACCCGCUGGACCCUGACGUUGAGACUCAGACCAUAUACAAGCAGCUUCUCCAGGGCAGAGAUAAACUCAGGAAAAAAUAUCUGGAGGUGCCAGACACUGAUCAGACACCGAGCAAUAAAGAAAAGAAGAUCAGCUCUGACCAUCGCCCAGAUGGUGCAGAAUGCAACGUUCAGCCUCUGAAGCCAGGUCAGAGUGUCGCUGCUCGGCUGUUGGCGGUCACAGAGGAUCUGGAGCAGGCUCACGCCACAUUCCAGUGCAGAGAAAAGGAGGACGCCACCGGUGUCAUUCUGAAUCCCUAG